UUCAUACACACACAUUAAUAACUAUAACCAUUAACUAAAAUCCAAUAAUUUCUACACCUAGAUCCUAAACAAUCCACCGGUAUACACCAUUAACUAACCCACAACCUAAACGUUCCACUUCCAUUGGAAGCAACAAAUCGAAACGCAAUGGCUAUCCAACCCUCCCUCCCCGUAAUAUUCGUCUUUCAUCGGUUCAUCACAACAUAACCCCACCGGGUAUCCAGGGUUUCCCGCGAAAAUGUCCGGUUUCACUCCACUCUCAAAUCAAUAACUAACCAAAUCUUCACUUGCGGUUAUCAUCAUAAUUCAUAAAUCAUCGUAAUCAUAAUCAUAAUCAUAAUCUAACUAACAUUUUCGCAGCAAUUUUAAUUUUUAACACCUCGUUAAAUUCAUCAACCUUUUUUUCUCUCUUCUUUCUCUUCUAUUCAAGAAAUUCAAUUUACUUGUAGCAGGUGUAAAUUCAGAUUUAAAAAAAAUUAGAGGAUGAGUUUGUUUUUGUUCAUGCGAAAACUCGGAGGAAUAUUCUUCUGUGAAUUUAAGAAAGAGUUGAAGCAAGAGAUGUUUUGGGAUUGAAGACAAGACAGAACAAAAAAUGACAGUUGAAAAGAGGUUUGUUUUGGUUGGGAUUAGAAUUGAUAGUCAAAGCAGACAGCUUUUAAAUUGGGCUCUUGUUAAAGUUGCUGAGCCUGGUGAUUGUGUUGUUGCUGUUCAUGUAGUUAAAACCAAAAGUUCAGAUGAUGUUUUGAAAAUCAAGAGUAUCAUAGAUGGGUAUUUAGAAGUUUAUGAAGGCUUGUGUGAUGUCAAGAAGGUUGGUCUUUCGGCGAAAAUCUUAACGGGAAGAUCGAUUCGAAACAUUCUUGUUAGAGAAGCAAAAGACCAUGGUGCUUUGGCUCUAGUGGUAGGGGGUAAGUCUGCCACGGCUAAGUAUUGCGCCAAACAACUUCCACUAACCAUCAAUGUUCUGGCCGUCCAAGAUUCAAGGAUUGUCUUCGGGAGGUGUAACAAUAAACUACCACGAGGUAGUUUUAUAUUGGAUCCAAGACCAAGCAUAGAUUACCCGGGUGACGGAAUAAUCCAAUCUGAAAAGCACAAGUCACGGUCGAUAUCCAUGUUUGCAGGUGAUCCUUCUGAGCAAAAGCUUGGAUGGCCUCUACUUUGCAGAACGCAUUCAGAAAUCUCACAAAGCUGUCAUGAAAGGGACAUGUCAGUAGUACAAUGGGUAAUGACUUUACCAGAUCGUUCAUCGGAAAAUAGUCCUCAAUCAACUUCCAGCGACGAAAAUCCUUUCGAAAGGAGCACCAGCGACAUUCUUGAGGAUGAGAGCAUAAAAAAUUAUUUAUCUCCAUCUGUUGUGCUACCAAAAGGCCUAGAGGAGAUAUUAAAUGUAAAUUCACUCAAUUGCAAGUGGUUCUCCCUUGAGGCUCUUAAGUAUUGCACUAGCCAAUUCUCUUCAGAAAAUUUGAUUGGGAAAGGCGGGAGCAACCGUGUGUACAAAGGAGUUCUCUCCGAUGGAAAACCAAUUGCAAUUAAAGUAUUGCGACAAUCAAAAGAAGCCUGGAAAGAUUUUGCCUUUGAGAUGGAAAUUAUAUCCCCGUUGAAGCACAAAAACAUUUCUCAACUACUUGGAAUUUGCAUAGAGGAUAAUAAUACGUUAAUAUCCGUUUAUGAUUAUUACCCCAAAGGCAGCUUAGAGGAAAAUCUACAUGGAAAGAACAAAGAUGGAUCCAUUUUGUCAUGGGAAGUGAGGUUCAAUGUAGCGGUUGGAAUAGCUGAGGCCCUUGAUUACCUACACACAGAAACCUUGAAGCCUGUUAUACAUAGAGAUGUCAAGUCUUCAAACAUUCUUCUUUCCCAAGACUUCGAACCACAAUUGUCUGAUUUUGGACUUGCAAUAUGGGGACCAACAAAAACACCUUUUUUGACACAAGAAGAUGUAGUAGGAACAUUUGGUUAUCUUGCUCCUGAAUACUUCAUGUAUGGAAAAGUCAGUGACAAGAUAGAUGUUUAUGCUUUUGGUGUAGUACUACUUGAACUAAUAUCAGGUAGGGAACCAAUCAGUUCUGAACCUUGCAAAGGACAAGAGAGCUUAGUAGUCUGGGCAAAACCAUUAAUAGAGAAUGGGGAUGUUAAAGGUUUGCUGGACCCGAAAUUAGAAGGGAAGUGUGAUGAAACACAAUUGCAAAGAAUGGUUUUAGCGGCAUCUUUAUGCAUCACACAAGCAGCUAGACUUCGUCCUAAAUUUAAUCAGAUACUGAAGAUCCUAAAAGAGGGCGAUGAAGUCGAACAUUGCUUCAACGAGCAAUCAGAAAAUGAAGAAAACAUCGAUGACGAGGUGUAUCCACAUUCAAGUGCAGAGUUACACCUAACACUUGCAUUACUUGGUGUUGAUGAAGACAGUACAUCAUCAUGUAGUAGUACAGACCACAGGUAUAGUGAGAAUUUGAAAGACCAAUGGAGCAGGUCUUCAAGUUUUAACUAGUUUUGUUUUCAGUUCUAAAACCUGUUUAGUUUGUUGUGCAUGUACAGUUACAUUAAGAAAGGAAAUAAAAAAGUGUUACACCCAUUGAUGAGGAGUUUUGUAGAUUUAUGCAUUUAACAUCUUUUGCAAGUGGGCUACUACACCAAAAUGAAAAAGGUAAUGAAGAUUCUGCAUUAUAUGCAGAAAAUGAUAUCA